GAGGCAUAAACAACUUUACUGAGUAAAAGUAACAUCUGCUUCAAUAUUAAUUUCCAGAUUCUAUCACCUGUGUGAGAUGUCUACCUGAGUUUUGGUCAAAUGAAAGAAGAGAUGCCUGUAUAAAGAAGGAAGCAGUAUUUCUGUCAUAUGAAGACAUUAUGGGUGCAAUUCUUACGGCAGCAUCUUUAUUUGGGUCAUGCAUGACGAUUGGUGUGAUACUAAUUUUCUUCAAGUAUAGGAAAACUCCUAUUGUGAGAGCAAACAACUCUGAACUGAGCUUCCUGCUGCUCUUCUCCUUAAUUCUGUGCUUCCUGUGUUCUCUGACAUUCAUCGGUCAGCCCUCUGAUUGGUCCUGUAUGCUGCGACAUGUAGCAUUUGGCAUCACCUUUGUCCUCUGUAUCUCUUGUCUUCUGGGAAAAACAAUGGUUGUUUUAAUGGCCUUCAGAGCUACACGUCCAGGUAGUAAUGUUAAAAAAUGGUUUGGGCAGACACAGCAGAGACUCUGUGUUACGGCAUUCACGCUUAUACAAGUGAACAUAUGUAUCAUUUGGUUAACAACUUCUCCUCCUUUUCCAUUUAAGAAUUUUAAGGAAAUUAAAGACAAGAUCACAUUGGAGUGUGCCCUAGGCUCAGCUGUAGGCUUUUGGGCUGUGCUUGGUUAUAUAGGACUUCUGGCUAUUUUAUGUUUUAUUUUUGCAUUUUUAGCUCGAAAACUACCUGACAAUUUCAACGAAGCCAAGUUUAUCACUUUCAGCAUGCUGAUAUUCUGUGCAGUAUGGAUUACAUUUGUCCCAGCAUAUGUCAGCUCCCCUGGGAAGUUCAGUGUUGCUGUAGAAAUAUUUGCUAUACUUGCUUCCAGUUUUGGACUGCUAAUUUGCAUCUUCAUACCCAAAUGUUAUAUAAUCUUAAUGAAACCUGAGAAGAAUACAAAGAAAUACAUGAUGGGAAAGAAAGCACCAAAUUCACUCUGAAAAAUGAAUGCGGUAAAAUGAGAUUUUAAUUUGAUCAUUUUUACAUAAUUAGUUGGUCACCAUCCUGUCAGAAUAGAAAGAAGCUGUCAGUAGGAUACACUCCAGCUGAUACUGUCUUUAUAGAAACUACUUCUCCUUUUUGAUGUGUCUUCAUUACUUACUUUGCAACUUACUUAAACAACAACAACAACAAAAAAAACAUACCAAGUGACUGAUAGCUAAAGGUUAUUGAGUCAUUCACACAUUCAUCAUGACAUGCAUUUAUUUUGUUCUGUGAAACUCGGGAAGGUUUUCAUUUGAAUAACUUGCAAAUGCAGAUAAAAACA